CCGCGGCAUGAUACUGGCGCUCCGCGGAGGGUGCGACGGCCCCGCGACUCCCUGACGCCAGUGCGAGGAGACCAGAGACAGGCAGCGGUAUAGUAUGGGAGCGUUGAGAGCGAGCUUGAUAGCUGUUUAUAAGGUGUCCUGUUCAGAAGUUCUGUCCUGAAGCUUUGAACACCAAGGAAUACCCAGCCAUCUCAGUGGCACCUAAAAAAUACAACAGCAGCUUUUAACCUCCAACUUUUUCCCUCACCAAGUGGACUAUCUCUCCGUUGUAAAACCCAACCCCGCACACUCACGUGUAGCGUCCCGACAACGCCACGGUCGCAAGAGGCGACAGACACGAACGUCACUAUGAACGUCACCUCCCUCUUCUCCUUCACCAGCCCGGCUGUCAAGCGCCUCCUCGGCUGGAAACAAGGAGACGAAGAGGAAAAAUGGGCGGAGAAAGCCGUGGACGCGCUGGUGAAGAAACUGAAGAAGAAGAAGGGAGCAAUGGAGGAGUUGGAGAGGGCUCUGAGCUGCCCAGGUCAGCCCAGUAACUGUGUCACCAUCCCUCGCUCCCUGGAUGGAAGACUCCAGGUGUCCCACAGGAAGGGCUUACCCCAUGUUAUCUACUGUAGGGUGUGGAGGUGGCCUGACCUGCAGUCUCAUCAUGAGCUCAAGGCUCUGGAGUGCUGUGAGUACCCAUUUGGCUCCAAGCAGAAGGACGUCUGCAUCAACCCGUACCACUACAAGAGAGUGGAUAGUCCAGUGCUGCCCCCGGUGUUGGUCCCGCGGAAUAGCGAGUUCAAUGCCAAACACAGCAUGCUACCACGCUUCCGCAACCCUCUGCACCAGAACGAGCCCCACAUGCCCCAGAACGCCACCUUCCCAGAGUCCUUCUCCCAGGCGAACACCCAGAUGAACUUCCCCCCAGACACAGACCACUCCCCUGGGGGGAACAGCUACCCCGGCUCCCCUGGUAGUGGCAGCAGUGCAACCUUCCCCCACUCCCCCACCAGCUCUGACCCAGGCAGCCCAUUUCAGAUGCCAGAGACCCCCCCUCCAGCCUACUUGCCCCCAGAGGAGCGGAUGACUCAGGACUGCCCUCAGCCCAUGGACACCAACCUGAUGGUCCCCGCGUUGCCCCUGGAGAUCAGCAACAGGCCAGAUGUUCAGCCGGUGGCCUACGAGGAACCUAAACACUGGUGCUCUAUAGUGUACUACGAGUUGAACAACCGGGUGGGCGAGGCGUUCCAGGCCAACUCUACCAGCGUCCUGGUCGACGGCUUCACCGACCCGUCCAACAACCGCAACCGUUUCUGCCUGGGCCUCCUCUCCAACGUCAACCGCAACUCAACCAUAGAGAACACCCGGCGACACAUUGGCAAAGGAGUCCACCUGUACUAUGUGGGUGGUGAAGUGUAUGCUGAAUGUCUGAGUGACAGCAGCAUCUUCGUCCAGAGUCGGAACUGUAACUACCACCAUGGCUUCCACCCCACCACCGUCUGUAAGAUCCCCAGCGGCUGCAGCCUCAAGAUCUUUAACAACCAGGAGUUUGCUGAGCUGCUGGCCCAGUCCGUCAACCACGGGUUUGAGGCUGUCUACGAGCUGACCAAGAUGUGCACCAUCCGCAUGAGCUUCGUCAAGGGCUGGGGUGCAGAGUACCACCGCCAGGACGUGACCAGCACCCCCUGCUGGAUUGAGAUCCACCUGCACGGUCCUCUGCAGUGGCUGGACAAGGUGCUAACCCAGAUGGGCUCCCCCCACAACCCCAUCUCCUCCGUGUCCUAGACUUUCCCCAGGCUCCAGGGCUGUCCAAACCCAGCAUUUAGGUUCCAGUGGGAUGGGUGGGUUUCAGGUUGGGGGUCAAUUCUAAUUGAAAUCAGUCAAUUCAGGAAGUAAACUGGAAUUUUAAGAGAAUCUAAAUUAAAAUAGGAAAUUCAGUUUAUUUACUGUAUUGACUGAAUUGACUGAAUUGAAAUGGAAUUGACCCCCAACCCCUGUGGGGGGGGGGGUGAGAUAGAAGCAUCUGGAAGAUACUUGAUCUUUGUGACCAACUGUAAUAAUUAUCAAUCAGACUCGAAUCAUUAUAAACUAAUCAUCAAUUUAGCAUUACGCAGAGUAUCCUCCUCAUAUGGGGCCCAUAUUCAGAAAGAGUCUGAACGAGGAUCAGUUUGGCCUUUUAGAUCAGAAUGAAUAAAUGUAUAUGGACUGGGGGGACCUAAACAUAGAUCAGCACUCUAAUACGUGAAUAUGGGUCCCUGAUCUUGUUCUGGCAGUUUUCCCCUCUUUCUUUCCCCUUCCCCUGUUUUUUGGGUUAACAUUGGAAACCCAUAAAGCCAGUUUCAUGUGUUGCUACAACGAAAAAUGUGUACAGAAUUGGAAGGAUUGAAAGACAACCAAUAUGGAUGAAAAGAUUUAGAAAUAUUAUGUUUCUUAUGAACAUAUUUAGAAAGUAGGAAGAUACUGAGGUCAGUAAAUACAAAUGUCUCUCCAGAACCCUACAUUUUUUAGUUUUCUUUUUAGGUUUUGGCAAAUUAAAAAGAGUUGAAGAAAAAGAGCCCUACAUAAAAUCCCUUUAGAUUAUUUACAAACCCUGUCAUGAGGAGAAAUCAGGAGAGGGCGUCCGUGGGAGCGGGGUGGGAGAGUGAGGUGGGCAUUGUGGGAUUGUGCUCACAGGACAUAAGAUUUUUUUUAAAUUGUACAUAAAUAAAUACUUCUCUUGUGUUACACCCGUGUUACAACUGAACUUAACGACUUGAAUCGUGUUUUAGGCAUACUCAACAUUAGAUCAAAGUGUUGUGCAGUCAGUUUUGCAAACGCAUAGUUUGGUUUAGUGUAGCAAAUCACCGUUUGGCUUGUUUAGGUAGUGACAGAAGGAUGACAUGAGACAGAGACAGAGACGGGCACAAGCGUAUGAUAGUUCAGUUUGACCCUAGCUGUGCAUGGUACAGCAAAAAAAAGAAAAUAAUCAAUUGUAGAGUCACAUAGAGCCCCACAGUGGAGGUGUCAUAAUACCCACAAAACCUAGUGGUCAAACAGGAAAAUGGUUCCAAUCAUUUUUCCCAUAGGGGAUUUUAGAAACACUUCAAAUAAGGACUGGUGGAGAAUAACGAUUGGAACCAUUUCUCUGUUUGACCGCCAGGGUUUAUGAAUAUUAUGACACGUAAAACAAUGGCAUCCUUCAGAACUUGUUGACCAAAAAAAAAAAAUUGUAGUUUCACUGGUGAGUAAAUUACUGAUGGCCCUAAUAUAUGAUUUGAUCAUUUUUUUAAAAAAUGCAGACUGUUUUUGUCUUUCAAUUAUUGUAGGCUUAGAAAAACCCAUCCGCAAUUACAAGUUGUAUUGAUUUUUGUAUUUUUUGAAUAUGUUUUCUUGUUGUUUCUUGUUAUCUGCACUUUCACGGAUUGUUGCCUCUUCUUUUUUUUUCUUUGCGCUGUUUUUGCUGAGUAGUACUCCCAGAAAGCAGUUUUAUUCCAUGAAUAUCAAGUCUCUACUGGAAGAUUCAAUAAAUAAAGUUGUUUCAUUACC